GUUCGCUGGUAUAGAUGGCGGCAGCCGAAGGAUUACGGGAUCGAAAGCAAAAGAGGGAAUAUUUACGUUGACAUUUUCACCAAGGAACACAUUUGUACGAAGUGCAUUGCACUUCACGAGUUUUAUCGACUUCCUCUGAUUUAACAGAAGUUUUGUGGUGUCCGUCUAAGCAAGACAGAUUGGAUAAAAUGGCGAAACUUGUAGCGGUGUGUCGAGAUGAAGCUGACUUCGCAUUCGAGCGGAGACAAAUCCCUCUAAAUAUUGAAGACACGUUAACGGUAUUGUACAUUGUGCCAGUCGCCUUCUGACAAUUUGUUUUCCGUGAAUUUUGCCUGAAGUUUCUUGUCCUUUCUUGCUCAGAUGGUAAUGGAAAUUCCUGAAACUGUCAUUUCUACUCGCCAAGUAAACGAAGACGAACUUCAAGUAUUUAACAAGGUCAGUGAAUAACUUAGCUUAAAGCUUGAAUAUUUUGAAAAAUUUCAGGCUAAGUUCCUCUUUUGUCAAGUGUAUUUAAACCUGCUAGAAACGAAUCUUUAACUGGUGUAGCGACAUUUAGCAGAGUUGUCUUUUCCAAGGUUAAAUUUAAUAAAUGGUUACCAGUAGUUUUGAUAAAAAUCAAAUCAAAUGAAAUGUUCGUAAACCAGCAUGAGUUGAGUUUUUUUUACGAUAUACUGAUUUGGAAACCUAAGCGAAAAUACGACAUGAGAAGUUGCCAGUCGUGUUUACUCUGGAUCGAGUGAAUAGUUAGCUUGUAUAGUCGACCAUAUAAAUGUCAAGGCUAAUCGCGAGAUCAGAUAGUAUCUGUGUGAUGAGUCGAGUUCAAGCUGUACUGUCUGAGUCUCCAGGUGGAUAUGAGCACUCUCUGGCAAUUCAGUUGCCAGGAAGUAAACAUUCCGAUCUAAUUUCGUUUUGUUUUGCAGAGAUUUCAAUGUUUAAGUUCAGAUGAUCUCGCUGUUGCAACUAUGGUGCGAAAGAAAGAUGUCUUUUCCUUCCUGUCCCUCUCUGUUCCUUGCGUGGGAUGUCGUAGAAGGCAAGAAUUUUCUAUUUUUAUAUAAUAUUUCCUCAUCGUUUUGAAAUUAAUUAUUCACUAUUACAAGCAAAUCUCGGUAAGUAUCACUUUCGAUUUCUUUAAUUUGUCUUAAAUGGCUUCGCUAGGUUGCCAAUAUAAGUAAGCUUAAGUUUUUUGGAAAAUGUGUAACAACCUUUGUUGUUGGAUUUGUUAUGUAAUGUAGGAAUUUGAUAUUGCACUUUUAUUUCAAACACAACCCAGUGCCUUAUAUUAAAUAAGUUUGCAAAUAUCUUGUUGUUUCCAUUUAUUCUAUGAUUUUCAUGGGACUAAAUUGCAUAAUACCUGGCCCACUUAAUAUCUAACUUUAAAAAACUGCUCCUUCAGCUUGCAAAGAAAGUAGUGUCUGAUAGCCUGGGCCUAGUGGAUUUAGCUAUCAGGCUAGUAAAUUCUGUUCUUAACUUGCCGCAUGGGCAAGUGAAGUUUUUUGAGGAAUUCAAAUUACAGACGAACUGUGAAAUCCAUCUGCUCAUCAAAACGUUUUGACUUUCUUUGCACCCUGUCCUUUUGGGAGCACUAGUUAUAUACCUCAUUCUAUAAGCACAUUAGUAAGACAUUUAGUGGGCUGGGUAUUCUGAAAUCAUUCCUCACCUGGCCCCACUUGCUCAAAAGCUGGGUAGCAUUAUGCACCAGAUAAAUCACUUUCUACAGGGCUCGAAAUUAAAAAAAUCUUCAGGUCGCCUUGUGGCGACCAACCGGAGAAAUAUAGUCGCCAGAUGCAAAUUUUUAGUCACCAGUUUGUAAAAUGUAAAUGACGCAGCUCAUAGGUACAGGGCUUCUGAUAUUUCGAGCUGGAGCAGCGCCGCGAAAUUCACAAAAACACUCAAAAUACCGCGAAAUUCAGUAGAAAUCCUAUCAAAUACAUGUCUGUACAACAUAUUUGAAACUUAUCUCAGCUAUUGGGGGCUAUUUACUUGCCGUAAAUCUUGAUACUUCGUCAAUGAAACGUGCAAAUAACGUCCCGAAACUACCAGGCGUAGAUUAUGUUGCGAAAAUUGGGCACUAGCCAUGAUGUUAAAGGCUUUGCCAUUGGUUCAUUUCUGGAGCGUAUUGUUGUUGAAAGAGCAAAGGAUGACCCUAUUAUUAAAACGUUAAAAAUGCUGGUCUGAUCGGCCAAAACUGAUCGAUAUCUGACAAAAUGUUCCCUCAAAAAUAACCACAAAAUCGGCCGUUUUUACUGAUUGAUUUUCGGGGAAGUUUGCCCCAAACAUUCCCGCGAAAGUGCCGCAAAAUCGGCCGAUGUUUCCGCGAAUUUGCCCCUAAAAAUCCCGCGAAAUUUCCCUUUUUUCCACUACCUAUAAGAAGCCCAGCAUAGUAUGGCGCGAUCCAUCAGAUUUGAAAAUAUCUUGAAGUCAGUAUAAAUUUGGAGGUAAACUGUCUUUGUUUAUGUGAUUGAUUUGGCACAUUUUCCAUGAUGAAAGAAAAGCAAGAUAAGAUGAAAUGUUCGUUUUAAUUUUACUCUUCUAAAAUCUGGUCGCCACUUUGGCGACUAAACCAGAAUUUUUAGUCGCCAAGGAAAAAAUGUUAGUCGCAUUGGCGACCGUAUCAGUCGCAAUUUCGAGCCCUGUUCUAGUGGAUGAGUGUUAGGGAAACCAAUUAUGUUAUACACUGGAUAGAGAUUUAUCCAGUGAGCAAAUGGGUCCUGUAUUUUUACAUAUGCUAUCCCACUAAUUUAAAAUACUACACGAUCAGUGUAUUACUCUUUAUACCAAGUGGAAGGGAGUAGAAAACCUGAUCAAGUGUACAGUUGCGUGGAUGUUCAACUGUAUAUCUUUUUUAGGUUAAAGGCGUUUUGUCUUUUGUAAAUGCCUUGAAUUAAGUUAAAAGUAACAUCCUGUCUGGAUGAUUUUUGGUUCUCUAAACCACCUUUACUUAUCACGUUAUUCUGUUGUUUAUGCACAGUAUGGAGCGAUUAUACAACCAGUUAGUAAAAUCUGGGCAACCAGCCUUGGAGCCCUUAAGGAUUACAAACAGUGGAAGUAAGUUGUUCUGACGUGUGGCCUUUAUUUGAUGGAAAUUGGAAAUAUAAUGUAAUCUCACUGUUGUUAUUCUUGAACCAUCACUUAAUUGUGACAAUUUUGGGCAGACUGUGCAAUGCUUUGGUCUAGUCAUAGUUAUAAGAGCCUUAGAGGAGACUGAUUAUGAAAGCCAGCAAAACUGAAACUGUGCUGCAGCAUACAGCACUUUGCUGGGAAUCCCCUGACCUUGCACUGUGACUGAACCCUUAUAUUAGUCAGCUUAUCCAACAUGGUUGGUGUGCUCUAAUAGAUAUUGUGCAGGGUCAAGGCUAAAAAGUUUGAGAGGAACUUAUUAUCAUUGACAAAAAACAGUUUUUAGACCUUCGUAACCAUUGCAUAUCAUUAACUAUGGUAAAUUUCAGAAAGCAGGCACAAUUUUUGCCAUUUGUUUUGAAUUUUGUACUUGAAAGUGGAUCCAUUAAGAUAAUAAAUGCAAUGCUUAUUUUGUUACAAGUUAUGCCACUAACUUGUCAAGUUCAUUUUAUCAAUUUUAACAAACUGUAAGCAUCACUAAAAUUCUGCAUGUUAUAAAUUGAGCUAAUAAUCAAGUAUAUUCCAGUUAUCUAUUUGCCCAAGUUUUAGCUUUUAAGGUAAUAACUUUAUGUAAAAUUUAUGGUAAUCAGUUCGAUUUGAGCUUUUUUGUUAUCUUUCCCAUGCACGACAACCUCCAGUAAGCAACCUCUUUAUAGUGCACCAAGGGUGGUAGCUUAUGAGAGAGUUGACUGUACUGUGAGGUACCGGUAUUUGUACUCAUUUUUAGCAUUAUUUGUACUCUUGUGACUGAAGUGGAAUAGUAAAGUUCCUUAUCCAGCCGCAAAAGUGUUGAUUGUCUGAAAUACCUUGCAAAUGCUGUGUUUAAUAAUAAAAAUAGAGAAAAGCAAAGGAGUAACAUGAUGGAUUAAUUUCUUUUUUCUUUUUUGUAGUUUUGACAAUUGAGGGUCCUUUCCUUCAGGAUCCAAAACUUGUUUAUGCACUCUUUUACAUACAUGGGUAAGUAAAUCUGAAAAUAGUUCGUUUGCUUAUGAUGUUACUUAUUUAAUAAUGAAGCUAUACAACUAACUGCAUUGCUGUUCUUUCUAUUUUGUUCUUGGUUUAUUGUAUUUUAUUCUAAACCUAAUCAUCUUGUGUUCCUGGCAUAUAUAUAUAUAAGCAUUUAAAUAACCUCAUCACCUUUUAAUCAUUAAAACACAUUAAGUUUCCUAAUAUUUUACAUGGCUACUUACAGAUAUUAACUUGUGUCUAAUUUCUUUCACUAUUUUUCUCACUUGUAAUGUUCAGUAUACCUUGCAUUAUUUAACCUUCCACAAUGUUAUCAUAUUCCUCAGCUUUGGAGUAUUUUGGCCAAUGUUAUUUUGCAAACUGACGGGGUUGCCAUGAGGAUGCUAUGAUUGAAAGAAAGACUAUAAAUGAUGCCUGGAAUCUAGAUUUUGUAACCUAAUGGCUUAAUUUGUUUCUUUAAGUUCCAGACUAAAUGAGAUGGUUGAAUCCAUUCCUAAGUGCAGACGCAACAGGUAUGUAGCAUUUCAGAUUUAAUGAAAACAGCAACAACAACAAUAAUUACCAUUCUUGUUUUGUAAAGAGGCUAAAUCAGGGGCACCCAUUGAGAAUGUAGUUCAAAACCUCUUAAACAUAGCGUUUUUAAACAUAUUUUAGUAUUUAAACGGUUUUAGAUAUAGGCAUAUUUUUUUUCCCCUAAAAAUUUUUCAUCUCUUCAGAUUUCCUAGAUGAAAGUCUGAUGAUCCGAAAAUUAUAGGGAUCAAAACUUACCUUUUGUGAAAAUAUUAGCCAGAAAAAAGGCUCCCGAAAAUUCUAGGUGACCUUCGUAGGGUAAAAAUCCGUUAAAAAUGGGCAACUAUACCAUUUUUUGAAUGUUCGAAAAUCCUAGGAGAGGCAGGCAAGCAGGAAAUUUUACAACAAAUGUUCCGAAAAUUCUAGAUCUCAAAAUAAUCAUCUUCCGAACAGAUAUUUUCUGAAAAUUGACGUUGGGUGCCCCUGCUAAAUGUGCUCCAGCAGUGUCCAAGGAGCUAGAAAAAACAAUUAUUUUUUAUUCAACUGACUGAAAACCUUCUUUCACUUUAGUAUAAUUGUUUAACUGCAUGCCUCUAGGUAUCCUGUGCAGGGCUGUCAUUAAGAGCGGGGGGCUGUCGAUUUACCCCGGCUACUAAGAGUGUGGUCCCCGGCUACUUUUAUUGGAAAAUAGAAGAAAAAUAGAACCAAAAGAAAUCCGCAGCUGUUUGAUUCCCCGCCUACUAGCUGUAUUUACCCGGCAACUUGAAAUCUUAGUGACAACCCUGCUGUAACACUUAAAAGAGCAUAGCCUUUGAGAAGUUGAGUUUCUCUUUACAGUAAAAUAGUUCGGUAAGUAGAAGAAACCCCUUAAUUUUUAUUUUGCAGACGGUGUCCUCUUCAUUCAUUGGAAACACACAAGUCAAGGCCAUCAGGGUAAGGCAGUGGUCAAGACUGUAAUAAAUUAUUUCUAAUGCAUGUAGUGUGGUAGUGAAACUUGCAAGGAAAAUAAUCAUUAGGGCCAUUUAUACGAGGAAAAAUAAGACGCGUCUUAAAUAAGACGCGAACUUUCCGUAUAAACGGCACAUUUCGUCUAAAAUAAGACGCGACUUAGCUAAGUCGCGUCUUAUUUUAGAACAGCCCUUAACACUUGUUCUUAGAUAACACGGGUCUUAUCUAAGACGAGAAAAACUUCGUAUAAGUGACCUUCACGUCUUACAUAAGACGCGAACGCAUGGUACGCAUGCGUUAAUUUUUGGCAGGAAAAUUUUCGCACCUUGUUGGUUGCCAUUGCUACGGGCAACGUUCACAUGCAAACGAGUCAAGAACAGAAAUAAGACGCAAACCAUUAAGUUUAUAGGAGCUGUUCUCGUCUUAGAUAAGACAUGCUCGUAUAAAUGGUACAGUUUGCGUCUUACUUAAGAUGCGUCUUAUGUAAGAUGCGUCUUAUUUUUCCUCGUAUAUUAAUUGUUUUUAAAUACUUAUGAUGUCAUUUUAUUGAUUUCUUAAAUAGAAGCUGGAUAGAUGUUUGGGAUUUAUUGUCACAGGAAUGUCGAGAUGAGGUAUGGUUAAACUUUGCCAUAUUCUUUACGGCAACCUUUUCUUCUGUAAAUCUCUUCCACUUUUCCUUCUCAUAUAUUGUACCUGUUUUAUUUUUUCUAGGUUGUGUUAAUCGAUUCAGAUGCUCUUCUUGACACAUUGGAGAAUUAUCUGAGAAAGCAUAGGUUAGUAAAGAAAUUUAUAAGUCUGAUGUUAUAGAUCUAACAAGAAAUAAUUGAUUGUUAGAACUAUAACAUCAUUGCAGAAUAGCACCCAUUGAUGCACAACGUCAGUAAUUGCAGAUUUUCUGUUAAUCUAAUAAUGCUUUCCUAUGCAUUAUAUAGUAUUUUUAUAUUUCAAGACUCUUAUUGACUGAAUAAUAAUUUGAAAUGCUGGUAAUGGGCAUUUUCCUUCAUCCAACUGGCAUUAAAUUAUUGACAUUAUUUUUAUGACACUGUUGUCAUUGUUGUAAAAGUAGUGCAUUUAUUUCUCAUUGGUUUUUGUUGCUCUAGGUUUUGUACAGAAUGUAAAUCAAAAGUUCUAAGGGCCUACAGUAUUUUGGCUGGUGAUUUAGAUGGACCUAGUGAAAAAGGGUAAGACUGUUAGCUGACUUUUGUUCGAUUUGUAAGGUAUAUCCAGUUUUUCAUUUCUUAAAGGGACUAUGUCACGAAGAGAUUACCAUUUUAGGUCUUUUUUGUGCUGAAGUCAUUUUAGUGCCCUUAUCCAUACACAAUGCCCUUGUUGGAUUCUGAAGUAGAUAUCAAACAAAUUUCAUCAGGGAGCCAGAGCUGUCAUUAAGAGCCAGGGGCCACGGAUUUCCCCUGCUAGCUACUAUUAGUGUGGCCCUUGGCUACUUUGAUUGAAAAAUAGAAGAAAAUUGAAACCAAAAGAAACCCGUAGGUGUUUGAUUACCCACCUACUUGUUGGUUUUACCCGGCAACUUGAAAUCUUAGUGACAACCCUGAGGAGCAGUAGCGUAAUUUUUUUUUUUGGUGAUCUUUGCAGGUAUGGUAUUAAAACAUGAAGAACUCAGCACACCGUUUUUAAGUUUCAAUCCCCGUCCCAUCCUUGCCAACCUUUGCCACAGUUAAAAGGAAACAGUUUUAAUACUUAAAUAUAGUCUUAAAUAACAAAAGUGAUCACUAUUUGGUUUGUGGAAUUCAAUUAUUGGGGAAAAUGCAGUAGCUUUUUUAAAAGAUAGCAAAUGGUGAUAGCCCCUUUAAUUUCAACUGGAAGUGGAGCAGGCCACUGCUUGAUCGGAGUUACCAUCUGUAAACUCUAGGCAAGUUUAUGUACUCAUUGGCUUUGUUUCUUUUACCAGGUAUUGUGCAGCAUUGUAUGAUGGGCUCAAAAGUUGUCCUCAAGAGCGGCAUGUCCAUGUACUUUGUGAUACUGACUAUAUUGCACAUCUUAUUGGACGGGCAGAGCCAGAGCUCGCUGGAGGGUAAGUCAGCCACUUCAGCUUUGAGUUGAAUGUUCCUCCUCAUGUUCUCUUACAUCUAUUUUUCCGCUUCAUGGUUCGCGAAAAAAAAUUGAAUUCCAGCUUGUCUGGGACCAUUUCUUACUCUUGUUAGUUAAUGAUUUUGUUAGAGAAUGACUUGCUUGGACCCUUGGGCAUUGGAUGAGUAAGCUUUGAAAGUUACUUGUCCAGCAAGGACAUCUACUCAACCCUCCAGGUUAAAGCUUUUACUCAGUCGCCAUUUGGUACCCAACUCUUUUGGUCUAGGGAGAUUUUUUUGCGAAUCAAGUCGCCAGCGUCAAAAUUUUAGUCGCCAUGGCAACCAAAAUGGUGGCAACUUGGAGGGUUGCUACUUGUCGCGGAUUACCAAACAGGGCUUAUUUUGAGCCCAGUCCUUCCCCACUUACUUUUGAGUAACUGCCGUGCAGCCCAAGGACUUCACACAAGGUGCAGAACAACUUAAAGUGGUGGUAUGGAAAUGAAAAUUGUCAAACUGUCUUCCAUUGGUUACUGCACAAACAAUUUUUUUUUUGUUUUAAACUGAGUUUGCCCAGUCAACAAUCUUAUUCAUUGAGAGGAGGAUAUUGAAUCAGUGUCCCUCUCUCAAUGAAUAAGAUUUUUGACAGGGCAAUUUGAAGAAGCCACGAUAGUCUAGUAAUAGUUUGCUGUAAUAAAAAUAAAUUGCAAAAAAGCAGGUCCACGCACCAUUCUUAUUUGGAUUAGUGAUGCGGACCACCACUGUCUUUUAAUACAUUGCCUAACCGGCAUUGCUUUUAUUUCAGAAGAAGAGAAAGACAUGCUAAGACAUUGGACAUUGCCCAGGAAGAGGUAUGACUAAAAAGUUGUUUUAGGUCUGACUCCAUCAAACAAAGUCUGAAGUGCUCAGUUAUGAGCACUUGACUUGUAGUCUAUACUUUAUGCUUUCAUAAAACUGCUCACGAUAAACGGUGUUUUGAUAAAAGCGUUUGGCAAACCGAAAAUGAAUUAGAACGCGGUUUUGUUAAACAGUGGCUAAACUUCGUUUAAAUAACCUUCCGUAUGGGUCCUGUGAGCAGAAUUGAUCUUGGUAAAAAUUAUUUUGUCUCCUUCUUUGAAGGUGUUGACGUGUCUUGGCAUUCACCUUUGGGAAAGACUUCACAGGCUUUGGCAGAAACUUAGGGCUGAGGAACAAACUUGGCAAAUGCUCUUUUAUCUGGGGAUUGAUGCACUAAGAAAAAGUUUUGAGGUAAGUCAGCUAAACACCUGUAAGUAACAGCUCACGUUUCAGGAGUGAAAGACUGUAACUGCUAUGAUUUUAAUGAAAUUGUACAUAGUUGCUCUGGCGUUUUUCACGCGCUUUUUCUCAAAAGAAUUCAAUUAAAUAAACAAACAUGACAAUAUUGAUAACCCCAGAUUGGCAGGAAGCAAACCAGUCAGGCUGCAUGGCCGAUGCGUUGAGUCGGUGCCUGGUCGUUUCACUGCUAAGUCGUUUCGCUUCAAGUCGUUUCGCUGCAUCAUGAAAACGAAAAGACUCUGCUGUGAAACGACUUGUAGCAAAAUGUCUUUGUAGCUAAACGACCAGUAGGCGUUGAAACAGCACCAUCUAGUGGUCAGAGCGGGACUCAAAACUGGGGCCUCCACGUUACGUCGUGUUAACUACUUGGUACCACGUCUUGGUACCCGCCUUCUCUGAAAGCGGUCAUUUUGAUGCGAACUCAAGCAAUGAAAUUGCACAAAAAUUUUGAUUACUCAAAGUAUAGUUCGCGCCUGAACAAAAUAAACAUAUGAGGUGAACAUUCCUCCUUUUUUAGGCCAAGUACAUGAAACUAUUUACACCUCGACUGAAUCAACGUUUAGCGAAACGACUUUGUAUCGAAAUGACCGGUAAGCGCCUCCUCCCCCCUGUUAGAAUGCAAGUCAUUUGCUCACCACUAUGUUUAUCUUAACAGGUUGCUGUUGAAGAAAAGCAAGGAAUUUCACGGCUAGAACAAGUCGUAGAAGAGAUUUCUGAGGCUGAAAGAGCAAAGGAACUGAAACGAGAGCAGAAACGGUUAAAAAAGAAAGCAAAGCGGAAGGGGAAAUGUAAAUGUCAUUCACAAAUAACUCUGUCAACAAAUAAUGAACUGAAAGAGGAAGAAUCUGCAAAGGAAGAAGUUUGUGUGAUUGAGAGAGUUGAAGAGACAGAGGAAUUAAAUGGUCAUAGAGACAGCUGUGAAGAUGAUGAAGAUGAUGUUGAUAGCGGUGAAUCACCUUGUAGCUGUGAAGAUUUGAGUAAUUGUGAGCAAAGCAAGUCAAAGAGAAAUGGUUACAGGAAUGGUGACUGCGGGUGAGUGUCUCAUUGGGGAACUGUUGUCCUUUAGGAUGUAAUUUGUGAUGAUCUUGUCACCCUUUGGCUUUAAUAGCUCGUGCGUUUUUCAAAUUUGGUCGUCGGGGUUUUCCCUCGACUAGGUUUUAUAUUAACGUACGCAGCGGCCGUGCAACAAGAAAGGGGUAACGAUAAAUUUAUACCCAUGAAAACUCGACGGGCGCCCAAAUUUACACCCGAAUGAGUACUUCAGCUUGUUUUUAAUCUUGAGCAGACGCAGUUGCCAUAUUUGGAGAACAUGGUAUAAUGGCUCAUAUACAAUGAUGGCUAAGCCAAUCAGAGCUCUAGAAUUGCAUUAUCCAAUGAUUCAGUUUUUAAUAAUAUUAUUUAGCCUCCGUGCAGUCUAAAGGAGUCUCCUUCUUGUAGCCUACUGUAAUUUAGGUGUUUUUCAUAAUCAAGAGAAGAUGUCAUAACGUCUGUGUUUGUCGGUCCCCAUAGAUAUGUGGCAGAGCUCAAUAAAUGGUCUGGAGGACUUCAUCAGGGUAGUCAUACGAUAGAUCCUUGUGAAAUAGGGGCUGAAGAUGAAGAUACAUGCUCUGAUUGUCAGUUAUCUGGGAGCCCCAGCAGUGGAGGAUCCCCUCAAUGCAGUAAUGGGAAAAGCAGAAGAAAGAAGGGCAAGAAUAAAGAGAAGAAGGUUAGAAAUUAUUUGAGUCAUUUUUCAGUUACUAACAAAACCUAAACAAGUGAGCAUGUACGCUUCCUCUCUGAAAAGGGUUACCAAGUCUAUUACGACAGUGCCACACAUCUUGGAAGUACUGGAAGGGUUAAGGUCGGUACACACAAAUCGCUUCGUGUGUACUGGAGAAUUUUGUGAAAAUCUUUGUCGCUGCAACAGAAUUUUGUGGCCGCAAAUUUUUUUGCGACUUGUUGCAGCGAAAAAAUUCUGUUGCGGAGACAGAGAUUUUCACAAAAAUUCUCCACCACACACGAAGCGAUUUGUCGCUGCGACGUGUCGCCGCGACAUGUCGCCGCGACGUGUAGCUGCAACUUGUCGCCUAGUGUGUACCGACCUUUAAGAGCGGCCCUUAUUUCAAACAAACAAACAAACAUUUUUUUAAUUUCAAGCCAACUGUUUAAGAGGACAUGUACUGUCGCAAAAUGUACUGUAGUUAUCACAUGUAGCCCAAGCUCGAAAUAUGAGCAUUGGCGAACAUCGGCAUUUUUGCGUAACAUUGAUUUCGAAAUAUAAGGAUUUGUAUGGGAAAAAAACAUAUCGUUUCCGUAACCUACGAAAAUGAAAGGAUUCCAAUAAAAAACCCAGCUUACCUUACAUAAAAUGUGUGUUACGUCUCUCCUGGGUGGUCCACCACACUGGAGAGACGUAACACACAUUUUAUGUAAGGUAAGCUGUUUUUUAUUGAAAUUCUUUCAUUUACGUAGGUUACGGAAACGAUAGGUUUUAUUUUCCAUACAAAUCCUUAUAUUUUGGAUGUUGUGCAACAAUGUCGAUGUUCGCCGAUGCUUAUAUUUGGAGCAUGGGCUACCUGUGUAGGUAUUGGCAUUGAUUGUUUAUUUGUUUAUUUGGAUAUGGGGGCUAGGAUAAGCACUGGUGUGAGAGAUAACUGUGUAGCUAAUUUGUAAUCGAACGACAUCGCUUGCUUCUUUGUAGCAAAAUUCUCCAACUCACGAGAAACAAGAGAAACCUUCAGAGCGUAUUGAUGAUGAGGAAAAACGGCUGUUGAAAUUAAUGGGGUGGCAAGAUGGUGGAACAGGGUCACCGGUAAGCGAUCGUUGUGACCGAUAGUUAAGUAGUUUCUGAGUAAUUUUAAACGACUACGUCCGUCAAGCGAAACGCGUGUGAGGGAAAAAUAACCACGCGCGCGUCUGGUGCGCGAGCCUGGAGAGGAGGCGAAUGACGCAGGCGUAUUGAUAAUUCUGGCUGUCGUCCCUCUCCGCCGAAAAUGUAUCAAAUAAGCCUGUGUUUGCAGGCCACGAAAGGCGUGAAAAGAGAGUUCGUCUUUUUACAAAUGUCUCUUAAGCGUUAUGUCAAAAGUCACAAACAACAGUAAUGAGCUUUGAAAAACUGUUAUGCUAACAUGUUUUCGAAAACCGCUAUUGGAAACCCGUUUUAAUCCGUUCAAAUUUUUCCAUUGGUACCUUCUUGUUAAUACAGUAUGCUUUGUUAUUUAUACCUUCUUUCAUAAUUGUGAGCAGUUAUUUUUAUGUUUCACCUAAUUUGGUGGUAGUUCUAGACGACGAGUAGUGCCCCAUUUUUCCUCAGGGAUAGAAAAGCGCGCUAAACGCGAGCGCGCGUGAAAAUCACCCCACACGAGAAAGGCGAGACGCAGUGGGGAGAGAGAAAAAUGAGGGCCUACAUACAAAGCCCAAGCUUUUGACCCUUCACGGCCGACCGAUUUUGGAUUGUGAAGUUCGAAUUCCCUUCCAAAUCAAUAAAGCGCAUCCAAUGGGAUUACUUCCCUUAUUGAGCUGUUAUUGCUCUUGUCAUCGGUAAACUGCGGGGGAUAUUUAUUGCAAGCAAAAGAAAACCCAGACACUAAUUUUAAUUUUUCUCUCUCCCCACCGCGUCUCGCCUUUCUCGCGUGGGGUGAUUUUUACGAGCGCUUUACUAUCCCUGAGGAAAAAUGGGGGACUACUCGUAGUCUAUGGUAGUUCCCAUUGUUUGAAUAUCGAUACAUUUCGUGACACAGCUCCUUUAAGGUCUCCUUCCGACCUGACCAUAGGUUUCAUUUGAUUUCUAGAGGAGUACACGGUAGACUCUGUUACAUGACAGGUUGUUUGUACACCGGCCAUUUGUAACAAUAGUUGUUACAAUUGCCCACUGGGUCCCGGAAUGUUUCUUUGUGAACUUACACAUCGAAGAAACGAGACGUAAGCAGAUCACAAGGGCAACAGCCAAGUUAUAUUUAGGCUGCAAAGCAGGCGUAUGUUACGGAGCGAAUGAUUUGACGUUGAACUGACAAAGUUGGAGCCAGUCAAAAAAACACUCUAAGGGAGAGUUUAGUUGCUUUUAUGAUGGCAGCCGCGAUCAACGUGCCUUUAGGUCGCGCUUUUGUUUAAAAAAAAACGCCUGCUCUGUAGGCUAAGUUAUGUUUUCUGCAAAAACAAGUGAUUAACUUCAUUUUUGUUCAUGUCUUUUGUCAGGGCUAUGUCUCGUCCGAGGAAGACCUUUGUAUAUCAGAGCAAGAAAUUCUCCGGUUCAAGGCCAAUCACUCGUCUGUCUCUCAACAGCGACGCAAACUUCGAGAGAAACUGCGACAGCAGUUUAAUAAUAUGACGCUUAAAAACGGCUUGAAUGUAGGCUUUGUUCACUGAGAUAUUAGUAUCACUGUGUAGGGGAAGUGACUGGGGUGGGGGAGUGUACAAAUGGAGUGUCGGUGGAUAGCUUUUUCAAUUUAUUUUUAAGCACGAAGCAUAUUCCACUCUUACGCACUGUUUUUGAGGUCACGGGGUUUUUAUAUAGUGAGCAAGAGGAGUUGUUUGGAAUCGUUCUUUUUACUGAGUCAUAGACCUAAUUAUAUCAUUUUUAACGCAGUCAGAGAAAAAUGGUAAAAGGAAAAAUGAAUGAAGUAAAAAGCCAGGGGUGCAUGCUACAUCCGUCGCAUAGGGUGCAUGCUGCAUCCGUCGCAUUUUUCCUUCAUUUUUUUAUGACAACAUUAUUGCGGUAAGGUGAAUAUAACUGACGCGGAUAAUUGCACAGUACGUCAACUCUAGGAGUGAAAAACUCUCGUUACGUUUAUCGAUAUUUGUUAUUAAACGUGACGUGAGUUUCCAUACACACACCUCUUGUUGCCUUAAGCCUGAUUUCCUUAAAAUCUCCCAGAUCGCCUCAAUGGCGUCAGUCGUCUCAAAAUGUCUGAAAAUGUGUGCAGACGAUCGGGUAAACAUCCUAUACUCUUGUCGACCAUAGAAAUAACGUCACAAUGUUCAAAAUCAAGUGGAACCACGAGCUGCAUGCUAUGCGGGACGAUCUUGAUUGAAGUAUCAUAUAUGUUAAUAUAUCGGCUGAUUUCGUUUGGAUUAUUUCGAUCGAUCCAGGCACAAUCAUUCCACUAGGCGAUCGACACGAUUGCGGACGAUGAUGUGGUAAUAAGGCUAUAGUUGACGUCGCUCCACGCGUCUGGUUCGUUUUGUAAAAAACCAUGUUUUGUCUUAACAAGUGUGACUAACGGAGUCCUCUAAAAGAAUUGUAGAGUGCUACCCUCCUUUGCGCGAUUGCUUGCAUUCAUGUGGAAUGUGGCCUCAUUUAUGUGAAAUUUAAUAGGCAGGUACAAUGUCACAGUUUUAUUUGAUGUUACAUGAAAUACAUCGUGAUCGUCAGUUUGCCUCAAAUCCUGAAAUAAAAUGGAACUCAUGUCUUG